ACCAUACACACUGCGUGCUGUCCCGCGAAAUUCUGUCGUCCUUUGCGAGAACACCGUGACUCCUCUGAGGCCAGUCUGAAUCUCUGUCUGCUCUGCGGCCGUUGAGAGACCCCUCAACUGGUGUGGUUGUCUUGCUGCACCCUUCCUGUUUCUUCGUUUUUCUCCACGACCUCUGUCCCGACCUUCUGCCUGUCUCAGACUCGCUGUUUCCACAUCUCUGCGCGCAUUUUCUGGAGAAAAAGGGCUCAGCAAAGAACUCCAUCGCCGCCUGUCUCGCGAACGCAGCAGGAGAGAGUCCUCGUUCUCCUCCGUUUCCUGCUCGCGGCUAUCCCGACCUACGGCCUCUCUUCUCGUCUCUGUCUUCUCGCGUGGUUCGCUGCCUCGCUCUCUUUGUCGACACACUUGUGGAAAACCGCGAGGAUCUUCUGCUCAAACGUCUUCCAGCUCGCUCUCCACGCGUCUUGUCUGGACAUGGAGCUCUUCUGAAGACGGACAGCUACCUCCGUUCGCCAGCCAAACUUCCAAAUUUUCUCUUCUGAAGCGAAGCUCUCUCGGGUGCGCCUCUCUCGCUCGGUGUCGCGACAGCUGAGCUCUGGAGGGAGUCGAGAGACGUCGUCUUCGAGCUCUUCUGCUCCGGUCUCAAACGUUUUCUCUCCUCGACAGUCCACCGAGACAGGUCGUCUUCGGCGACGGAGAAACUCCGACGGCGACGGAUCCUCUGUUUCUCGUGUGAACUCGAAGAAAACGACUUGAAAACGCUUUCACCCUCCCUCGCCACCAUGAGUUACGACCGCGCCAUCACAGUCUUCUCCCCAGACGGGCACCUUCUCCAGGUCGAGUACGCCAUGGAGGCUGUUCGACGAGGAGGAUGUGCCGUCGGAGUCAUGGGGAAAGAUCUUGUCGUCCUUGCAGUUGAAAAGAAAGCGGCAGCGAGACUUCAAGAGCCUCGGACUGCUCGGAAAGUCGUGAUGCUCGACGAGAACCUCUGUCUCGCGUUUGCGGGGCUUCACGCAGACGCGCGGGUGUUGAUCAACAAGACCAGGGUGGAGUGUCAGUCUUACCGCCUCAACACUGCGACGGCGCCUUCUGUCGACUACAUCUCCAAGUUCAUUGCACAAGUGCAGCAGAAAUACACGCAUCGCGGAGGAGUACGGCCCUUCGGACUCAGCUGCCUGAUCGCGGGAGCGGAACACGAUGGAUCGAUUGCUCUCUAUCAAACAGAGCCUUCUGGGAUCUGUGCGAAGUGGAAGGCGCAAGCCAUGGGGAAGAACUACCGAACUGUCCAAGAGUACUUGGAAAAGAAUUACGCACCGGAUCUGGAUGAGGACGGCGCAGUUCACUUGGCCGUCGGCGCCCUCAUGGAAGUUGUGGAGGCUGGACACCGCCACAUCGAGGUAGCGGUUGUGAAAAAAGAACAGUUCUACUUCCUCGACGAGGACCGUCUCGAGAAAGAGGCUCAGCGCGUGGAGUCGCUGAAGAAUUCGGAAGAGGAGAGCAAGAGCAGCGGUAGCUCGUAAUUCUGUGCGUUUUUCCGAGUGUCAGUACGAACGUUUUCUUGCGUGGAAACAAGUUGAAAAGAGUUGCAUGCCGCCGAGAAAAGGCGUUCUCGGUAGAAGUAAAAGAACGCCGACGGUGUUGCUGUGAUGGCGUUCUUCGUGUUAGGAGACACGGAACUCGGGCGGACUCGAAAAGACUCAGAGAUCUGGAAAUUCAGAAAAAUGCUCAGAAGCGGUGAUGAGGAGAUGCGCCGGCUAGCGAGGGCGACACAAGACUGCCUUUCUGAGAGCGCGAAAAACGCACUUUUCCACGACUCGCUUUCAGACGACUUCGCCCCGUAAAUGAACGAUUCGUUUUCUGUUUGAGAGGCUGGAUUUCCGUCCAGUUUUUUUGAAUUCGUUUCCUAUACUGCUCCCUGUCUCUCCGAUUUACAAGUGUGUGAACAUG